CUUCACUUUUGGGGGCAGUCAUGUCGAUGGCUGAAUGUGAAGCAUCCAGAAAUGUCAUUGGUUCCAAAAUGAACAUCUGUAGACAAACAUGAAGACGUGUUUCUGUUGUGACGAUGUUCUGUUUCAGCGGCUGCACCACCACCUGUCCUCACUGUGUCUCCAUCAUGGCUGACUCCUGGAACCUCAGGGACUCUCACCUGUGGGGGGGUUCCACAUCCCACUGCAGGAUGGAGGUUCUACUGGUACAGAGCGGACACCAUUAGUUUGGAUCAAGCCCCCAGAUGUAAACAGUCAAUUCGAUAUGGGUGGAGGGAUAUUCACUAUCCUAAGUUCAGUUAUGAGCUGCUCCCAGGAAGCGACGGAGGAACUGAACAAAACUCCUUCAUCAUCCAAGACCUGACGGAGUCAGCAGGUUAUUCAUGUCGAGCUGGAAGAGGAGACCCCGUGUUUUACACUGAGUACAGUAACACAACGUGGGUGUGGCCUGUAGAUUCCUAUUCGUCAGUGUCUCUCACAGUGAGUCCGGACUCAGUGCAGCACCGCUAUGAUGUCAAUGUCCGUCUGACCUGCGAGGGAAACUCUGAUAAGUGGAGAUUGUGGAUGUUUAAUGGAGACAGACUACGAUUGUUCGAGUGCGAGUCUCAUGAGACAAGCUUCACAUGGACCAUGGAUUUUUUUCCUCCUGGAGUUUACUGGUGUGGAUCUAGAUCAGAGAUCAGCAACGCAGUCAACAUCUCUUCAGUUGGAGGUGAUGUUUUCCUGAAGAGCCCUGUCCAUCCUGUGACUGAGGGACAGUCCGUUACUCUCAGCUGCUUAUGGUUCAGAAGAACAAACCUCUAUUCCAACAUCUCUUUCUACAAAAAUGAUGAACUCCUCCAAAGUGAUGACAGAAGGAAACUGGAAAUCUCAGCUGUGUCAAAGUCAGAUGAAGGUUUCUACAAGUGUGAACGUUCAGGAGACUUCUCACCAGAGAGUUGGAUGUCAGUAAAAUCGGCUGCACCACCACCUGUCCUCACUGUGUCUCCAUCAUGGCUGACUCCUGGAGCCUCAGGGACUCUCACCUGUGGGGGGGUUCCACAUCCCACUGCAGGAUGGAGGUUCUACUGGUACAGAGCUGACCCCAUUAGUUUGGAUCAAGCCCCCAGCUGUUCACAGUCAAUUCUAUAUGGGUGGAGUGAUCUGCACAUUCCUGACAAGUUCAGUUAUGAGCUGCUCCCAGGAAGCGACGGAGGAACUGAACAAAACUCCUUCAUCAUCCAAGACCUGACGGAGUCAGCAGGUUAUUCAUGUCGAGCUGGAAGAGGAGACCCCGUGUUUUACACUGAGUACAGUAACACAACGUGGGUGUGGCCUGUAGAUUCCUAUUCGUCAGUGUCUCUCACAGUGAGUCCGGACUCAGUGCAGCACCGCUAUGAUGUCAAUGUCCGUCUGACCUGCGAGGGAAACUCUGAUAAGUGGAGAUUGUGGAUAUUUACUGGAGACAAAGUAGAAUUGUUAGAGUGCGAGUCUCAGGAGACAAUCACAAGCUUCACAUGGAUCAUGGAUUAUCUUCUUCCUUCCGGAGUUUACUGGUGUGGAUCUGGAUCAGAGAUCAGCAACGCAGUCAACAUCACUGAAGUUCGAGGUCCUGUUAUCCUGAAGAGCCCUGUCCGUCCUGUGACUGAGGGACAGUCAGUUACUCUCAGCUGCUUAUGGUACAGAAGAACAAACCUCGAUUCCAACAUCUCUUUCUACAAAAAUGAUGAACUCCUCCAAAGUGAUGACAGAAGGAAACUGGAAAUCUCAGCUGUGUCAAAGUCAGAUGAAGGUUUCUACAAGUGUGGACGUUCAGGACGUUUCUCACCAGAGAGUUGGAUGUCAGUAAAAUCGGCUGCACCACCACCUGUCCUCACUGUGUCUCCAUCAUGGCUGACUCCUGGAGCCUCAGGGACUCUCACCUGUGGGGGGGUUCCACAUCCCACUGCAGGAUGGAGGUUCUACUGGUACAGAGCUGACCCCAUUAGUUUGGAUCAAGCCCCCAGCUGUUCACAGUCAAUUCUAUAUGGGUGGAGUGAUCUGCACAUUCCUGACAAGUUCAGUUAUGAGCUGCUCCCAGGAAGCGACGGAGGAACUGAACAAAACUCCUUCAUCAUCCAAGACCUGACGGAGUCAGCAGGUUAUUCAUGUCGAGCUGGAAGAGGAGACCCCGUGUUUUACACUGAGUACAGUAACACAACGUGGGUGUGGCCUGUAGAUUCCUAUUCGUCAGUGUCUCUCACAGUGAGUCCGGACUCAGUGCAGCACCACUAUGAUGACCAAGUCCGUCUGACCUGCGAGGGAAACUCUGAUAAGUGGAGAUUGUGGAUAUUUACUGGAGACAAAGUAGAAUUGUCAGAGUGCGAGUCUCAGGAGACAAUCACAAGCUUCACAUGGAACAUGGAUCGUUUUCCUUCUGGAGUUUACUGGUGUGGAUCUGGAUCAGAGAUCAGCAACGCAGUCAACUUCACUGCAGUUGGAGGUCCUGUUAUCCUGAAGAGCCCUGUCCGUCCUGUGACUGAGGGACAGUCCGUUACUCUCAGCUGCUUAUGGUACAGAAGAACAAACCUCGAUCACAACAUCUCUUUCUACAAAAAUGGUGAACUCCUCCAAAGUGAUGUCAGAAGGAAACUGGAAAUCUCAGCUGUGUCAAAGUCAGAUGAUGGUUUCUACAAGUGUGAACGUUCAGGAGACUUCUCACCAGAGAGUUGGAUGUCAGUAAAAUUGACUCCUGCAGCACCUCCCUCUGCGUCUCCUGUGCUGCUGGUCGUUGGGCUGGUUGGAGGCUUCACACUGAUUCUCCUCCUCCAGCUGCUGCUGUUGUGUUGGUGCAGGAAUUCAAAGAAUCUGUGUUGUGACAGGCUCAGCCAGUCUCUGAGAACCAAUCAGAGCUCAGACCCAACUGUCCACUACGAUGAAGUCCAGCUGCCAGUGUACUCGUCUCUUCUCCACGGUGACGACUGCAUCUAUGACUCAAUCAGAGGAGACACGGAGGAAGGAACCCGAGGUGAUCCAGAGGAGACGUCUGACUACGUUAAUGAAAAUCCACAUUCAGCUUCAGGAGGACUAUGAAUGGUGCAUCCUCCAGAAAACAAGAGCAUGAAAAUCAACAUUCAUCCUGAAACACCUUCACAUGUUAGACUCACCAGUUUUAAAACAGCUCAUUGGAAAGAACGACUUGAUCUGGAUUGAAUUUCAGUAUAGAUGAAAAAUAAAUGUUGUGAUAUUUGCUUUGUGUUUACGUUCAAUAUUUCAAUUGGCUGAUAUGGGCCUUUUAAGAUGUGCUCCGAUAUGAAAAGGUUUAUUUUACAGGAUAAACAAUGUGCAUUAUGAUUAUAUUUUACAUUGAACAUUUUUUGUCUUAAUUCAAGCUCUAUAUAUUCUGUCGUAUUUGUGUUUUCUUUCAAUUUAUCUUUAUUUCUUAAAAUUGUUUUGUUUUAAUUGAGCUUUAUUGCCAAUUUUAUAUAUAAGCAAUAGCUUUUUACUCCUUGAUAUCGCUGAAAGCAUUGGCCCCUGAAAAAAGUUUAUUCUGUAUAUUUUUGCCGCAGUCAUGCAACAAAAGUUUGAAUACAACCUGUGAUGUUUUCCAUUCAUACGUAUAAAAAUGUCUUGGUUAUUAUUCACCAAUGACUCAAUGGAGGACGAUGUCAGAAAGGACAUCGUCAAUCUGUGUGUUAUGUUCCAUAUACAGUCUGUGGUUAUGUUCCAUAUACAGUCUGUGGUUAUGUUCCAUAUACAGUCUGUGUGUUAUGUUCCAUAUACAGUCUGUGGUUAUGUUCCAUAUACAGUCUGUGGUUAUGUUCCAUAUACAGUCUGUGGUUAUGUUCCAUAUACAGUCUGUGGUUAUGUUCCAUAUGUUCCAUAUACAGUCUGUGGUUAUGUUCCAUAUACAGUCUGUAGUUAUGUUUCAUAUACAGUCUGUGUGUUAUGUUUCAUAUACAGUCUGUGGUUAUGUUCCAUAUACAGUCUGUGGUUAUGUUCCAUAUACAGUCUGUGUGUUAUGUUCCAUAUACAGUCUGUGUGUUAUGCUCCAUAUACAGUCUGUGUGUUAUGUUUCAUAUACAGUCUGUGGUUAUGUUCCAUAUACAGUCUGUGAUUAUGUUCCAUAUACAGUCUGUGUGUUAUGUUCCAUAUACAGUCUGUGUGUUAUGCUCCAUAUACAGUCUGUGUGUUAUGUUCCAUAUACAGUCUGUGGUUAUGUUCCAUAUACAGUCUGUGGUUAUGUUUCAUAUACAGUCUGUGGUUAUGUUCCAUAUACAGUCUGUGAUUAUGUUCCAUAUACAGUCUGUGUGUUAUGUUCCAUAUACAGUCUGUGUGUUAUGCUCCAUAUACAGUCUGUGUGUUAUGUUCCAUAUACAGUCUGUGGUUAUGUUCCAUAUACAGUCUGUGUGUUAUGCUCCAUAUACAGUCUGUGUGUUAUGUUCCAUAUACAGUCUGUGGUUAUGUGUGAUUAUUUCCAUGGCUCGUAAUUCUCUGUUUGAUGAAAACACUCGUCUGCAGACAGUUUAGCUUUUUGUUUUGAAAUGUGAUGAAAUGUAACAGAUUAUAAUUCAAACACAUAAUUGAAUGUGUUCUUUCUUUUAUCUUUAUUAAACUUUGAAAUCCCA